UGAUCCGUCGUCAGUUUCUGUAACAGCGCAGCGACGUGAAAGACAUCAGUGUGUGUCGGUUUAAAACGCUCUGGCAGCUAUAACAGCAGUCCACGGAACGUCAAUUUCAACGUAAACAAUAACAGUGAAUAUACAGCAGCGGUGGAGGUUUUUAUUCCCCCUCCAGUUACAAAAAGGAACGGAAAUCGUCGCUGGUUUCAGGUUUUUUUUCCUCUUCGGCUUUUUUGUUUUUCACUGCUUCGGUCAAACAGGUGAGCAACAGCGCCCCCCUGUGAGACGACGGGGAACGGCUUGAGAAUAGGGAGCCUGAGAAGAAGCACCGACAUCCUCCCUUGCGACGUGGGUUCCCACAGCUCAGCUGUCCGAUGCGGAGUGAGGAUGAGCCCCGCUCUGGAAGCCCUCAUGCAGGCGGACGGGACUCCUUACUCGGGGAAAGGGGUGAUGCUUGAGCCCUUCGUGCACCAGGUGGGGGGCCACUCCUGCGUGCUGCGCUUUGGGGAACAGACUAUAUGCAAGCCCCUCAUCCCCCGAGAGCACCAGUUCUACAAGAGCCUGCCUCCGGAGAUGAGGAAGUUCACCCCGCAGUUUAAAGGAGUUGUGUCUGUCAGUUUUGAAGAAGAUGAGGAAGGGAACUUGUGCCUCAUCGCCUACCCGCUUCACAGUGAGUCAGCGGACUUGGGAAACAAAGACCCCUCAGCAGACUGUGAGCCUAAGACCAAAAUGCUAAAGUGGAGCAACAAGAAGCAGUCCGCCUUGCUCCUGGAGAAAGACAAGUACAGCAAAGACAGAGCUCGGAACAGCCGGAAAGAAGACAAGCUCGUCAGUUAUAAUCGUGAUGAGGUGCAGCAGGCAGAAGUUCUGUACUUGAGCCUGGAGAAAGGAAACGUGGUGUCACAGAUCAAACACAACCCCUGGAGUCUGAAGUGUCAUCAGCAGCACCUACAGAGGAUGAAGGACAACGCAAAGCACCGCAACCAAUACAAGUUUAUCCUCCUGGAGAACCUGACAUGGCGCUACAACGUACCGUGUGUGUUGGACUUGAAGAUGGGAACCCGCCAACAUGGCGACGAUGCUUCAGAGGAGAAGAAGGCCAAUCAAAUUCGCAAGUGUCAACAGAGCACGUCUGCUUCUAUCGGGGUGCGGCUGUGUGGCAUGCAGGUGUAUCAGUCCGACUCUGGCCAGCUGAUGUACAUGAAUAAGUACCACGGGCGUAAGCUAACGCUUGCGGGCUUCAAAGAGGCGCUCUACCAGUUUUUUCACAACGGGCGGCGCCUUCGCCAUGAGCUGCUGUCCCCGGUGCUGCGCAGGCUCCGGGAAAUGCAAGCCGCCCUGGAGGCCUGCGAGUCCUACCGCUUCUACUCCAGCUCUCUGCUCAUCAUCUACGACGGCGAUCCCCCCAGGGCCCCCUCCAGACCCAGGCACCGAGGAGGGGAAGAAGGAGAUGAGGAUGAUCCAUCCGAUGAAGAGGAGGAGGAAGGGGCAUUUGGUUUUCCUCGUCCGUCUUCAACAGGCAGUGCCGCCGGAGAGGCCAGCAGCCCUGAGGUGGACGUGCGCAUGAUUGACUUUGCUCACACCACCUGCAGACACUACGGGGAGGACAGCGUAGUGCACGAAGGCCAGGACAGCGGCUUCAUCUUCGGUCUCCAGAAUCUGAUCACCAUCAUCUCCCAGCUGGAGGACCACAGCACUGACUGAAGCUGCACCGGAGCUUUCCUGGUCUAGAUUUCCAGCAUGGGAGUUAAAACCCCGCCAUAACCCCACGGUGCUUCUCGCCCACAUGGGGGUCUGCUUGGUGGAAACCCCAGACACCUCCUGGACGGGGAGGGGAGAAGAGUCUGCGUGGUUGAUCCUGCACUCUCGCUUACCUGCCGAAGGGAAAGGGCUGCUUGUGCCCUCCCUUGCACUUUUCUCUUUUUGAGACUGAGACUUGUUUUUGUUUUCCAUUGAAGGAGCGGCGUUGCAUGAGACGGGCGUCUUACAACAAACACGGGGUCUCCUGUGGGACUCCCCUCCUCCGGUGCAGACGAGCAGCUUAAGUUCUCUCUGAGAGAGAAGGAGCCAGGCCGAGCCUUUUGAAGCUGUACUUAGGAGGCCGUCGUGGUGCUUUACUUGUGAUAAAAACCGUUUUUUAUGAACUAUCUGUCCCCAAAAGCACAGAGCUAACAGUGGGGAGGUUUAGCUAGUUAGCCGAACAAGCUGACCCUGGCUGGCUGGAUCAGCAGCCUUGUAGCAGUUAGGACAUUUCGUGUUUAUGUUGACGUCUUGUACGAGACGGUCGGUGUGUCCGCCAGGCACUUGGACUUUUCGGUGUAAUAUUACCUAGGUCUAGAAGAAGGGGUUCCUCCAGCACUUCCUGCCUACAAGCGUUGUGUUCUGGAGAGGGGAUUGUGUUGGGGUUUUGUCAUUUUAUUGUCUUUCUUAAUGUUCUCAUCUGAUCUUUAUUCCUGAAUGUUGGACUAAACGAAGAGGAUUUCUUGACAAGAACACAAGCUACAAAGACUAUUUAUUGAAAUGGACGGAGUUUAAAAAUGGAAAGGAGCACAUUCCAUAUUGCCACUUUUGUGUUUUGUCCCUCGGGUUUAUUUUCUUAUGCAUACCUACCUGUGUCUUGAAAAAAUAAAGGCAUUCGUUGUGGUAAAGUUA